GACCACAGCAACAGGCAGAAAUACAGAGCAAACAAAGUGAGGAAAGAACAUCCCGUUUUGGAUUAACAGACUCUCCUCUUUUCCAGAAAACACUCAACAGAACGCUGGAAUUAUUUAGUUGUAGGUACAGGACAGUUAAACUGAGCACAUUUGUCACAGCACUGCAGCAGUGUUGCGGGCAGGGUGGACGUGCCUCGAUAAAUCAACCAGCAGGGACAAAUUUAAUUUCAACGAGAAAUAUUGCUGCUUGGGAGAGAAGAUACUGACGCCUUCAGGGACCAGAGGAGGUACAGUGGAGAGAGAGACAGAGUGUUAACAAGGGCAUCGCAGCCAUGGAUAGAGACAACUACACCGGCCUGCAGGAGUUCACAGAGGAACCAACAGGAGGGAACAAUCUCAUUCACGAGCACAGCAACGGCUCCCAGGGACUGAAGCAGGGCGUUGAGUGUUUGAGGAGUCGGACUGCUCUCCUGUUGCUUAUUGGCUUCUUGGCCUCCAUCUGUGCCAACAUAGCACUCACUGUGCUCUUGAUUGGCAGGCCGGUGCCAAGUGCCCCCCUGGAUUCCUCAUCUCUGGGUUUUAAACUGAACUCGGUGCAGAAACGUUACAUCCAGCUGUGUGAGGACUACACCGCUCUGGGACAGAGCUGUUCAAAGACAGUGAAGCAGUGCAGGGCGUGUCCUGAAAAAUGGAUUCAGAUCGGGGAUCAGUGCUACUUCUUCAGCAGUAACAAGCUAGACUGGCUUCAGAGCAGAGAUAACUGCGCAGAGAUGGGCAGCCAUCUUACCAUACUGCACACCAUGGAACAACAUGACGCUCUGGAAAAAGAAGCCAAGAAUAUCGGCGGAUUUGAUUACCACUUCUGGAUCGGCUUGUCUGAUAUAGAGACUGAGGGAGACUGGAGAUGGGUGGACAACACAACACUGCAACACAAUUACUGGGAUCAGUGGAGCUCAGAGCCAAAUAACCACCAGUCAGGAGGGGUACAUGGAGAGGACUGCGCCACCUUAGACAGCCACGCAAAGACAUGGUUUGAUGUUCCUUGUAAUCACAUUUAUAAACGGAUCUGCCAGAUGGAUGCCAUUCAGCUCAACUGAAUCCUCACACUGAAAAUACUGCACAACUGGGAAGUCUGGAAACCUAACAAGGUUGUGAAAAAGCCCAAUCUAAAAUGUUUGAUUGCAUGUUUGGGGUUAUUCGCACCAUAUUUUUUUUUAGAAGGUAUAGUUGGUGAAAAUCUGUACACUGUGUUGAGGAAACUGCAAUACUGCACACUUGUUGUCAAGCAAAUCUAAAGGACAAAGACAUGACGUAACAUUUUUUGGAGUGUGUCCAUUGUCAAUUAAUGAGUCAAUUAUUGAAUGUACUUGUGAGAUAUUUCCCAAUGACUUUUAUUUGAAUGUCAGGCCAUUCAGGUCUGACAUUAGAAAAAGGUCUUCAUAUUGCAAAACUGAAUGCCACGAACACUGUCUACUGUCUCUUAGACCUUUGGGCACGAUUGUUGUCUGUCUUCGAUGUCCACCAUCUUCAGCAGAGAUUUGUGCCAAUUCACAUCUUAAAACUGACCUGCAAAAUAUUUUACAGUUUUCUCUUCAAGAUUAGUGUUGCUUUUCUGCACUGCUUUAUGUGUUUGAGAUGUUUAUGUCAAUAAAAUUUUCUUUUUUCUAUA